AAACGAAAAAAAAAACUUCUUUAAAAUAGUUUAUAGGUAAAGCAAAACAACUUUCUUUUCCCCACUCUUUGGGAGCCGGUCGGUAUUACAGGAGCAGUGAGGAGCGAAAGAUGGAUCAGUCUGUCCCUGGCACUGACACAGAGAGAGUGAGAGAUGAGGAGGUCUCAGACAUGCGCAGCUGAGAUGGGAAGUUGACGCACGAUUUUGCUGAGAGGUUUUCGCUGCUUUCCGCUUGGGAGCCGGAGCUUUCUCCUUUGGCUUGUCUCACGGGGACAUCAGCACGCGGGAGUGGGGUGUCGGAGCAGACAGCAGCCAGGAAUUUCAAUUAUAGAACAUUGUGAACUCUAUGGCUUCUACCUGGGAAAAGAUUAGAGACUUUUAUGACUGGGCAGUGGAAAAUGGAGACAAGAGGACUGACCCCUGGUUCCUGGUGUACUCACCAAUUCCCAUUAUUGUGACCUUCAUAAUCUACCUUCUAAUCUGCAAAUAUGGACCAAAGUACAUGCGCAAUCGAGAACCAUUCAAUCUGAAAUAUGUACUACUUGUUUACAAUUUUUCCCUAGUUGCUAUCUCCGCUUAUAUUUUUUGGGAGUUCCUGGUGACUUCAAUUCGUGCAAAAUAUAGCUAUCUUUGUGAGCCUGUGGAUUACAGCAACAGUGAGCUUGGACUGAGGAUGGCAAAUGUCUGCUGGUGGUUUUUCUUCUCUAAAGUCAUUGAAUUGAUGGACACCAUAUUUUUCAUUCUGAGGAAAAAGUAUAAUCAGAUCACAUUUCUUCAUGUUUAUCACCAUGGUACAAUGAUUUUCAACUGGUGGGCUGGAGUGAAGUAUGUACCAGGGGGUCAGUCCUUCUUCAUCGGCUUGUUAAAUUCCUUUGUUCAUAUUGUGAUGUAUCUAUACUAUGGAAUUGCUGCAAUGGGACCACACAUGCAGAAGUACUUGUGGUGGAAGCGUUAUCUCACUAUGCUUCAGCUGCUUCAGUUUAUUGGAAUCGCUGUGCACACCUCCUAUAAUCUUUUCACGGACUGUGACUUCCCAGAUGGAUUUAACCUUUUUGUAUUCAUCUACAUCAUCACCAUCAUUAUCCUCUUCAGCAACUUCUACUAUAAAACGUAUAUACAGAAAAAGAUCAAAAAAGCAUAAAUUUUGAAAAGACUGUCUUUAGUUUGUUUAAUGACUUGGGAAUAUCUGUGUCAAAGUUCUCACGAUAAGCGCGCGUUUGUUUCAUAUCACAAGAAAGGUUAAAAUGCAUUCUUUGUCAUUGUAGAAAACCUGCUGUGUUAAAUAUUGCUGCCGUCAUUGUUAUUUGUGUCUCUACUUUGAAGUUCCCUCUUAUAGCUCAUAAUAAUCACCUUGUAAUAGGUCACCAUUUAAUUAUUUAAAAUUUAAAGCAAGUGCUUUGGCCAAGUUUAUUUGACACUCUGUAAUAAACAGAUCUCCAGUUCCAUAGGA